ACGAAUAUGGCGUUGACACUAGGUAGCGCUUCCAAAUAAAGUCUCAUGACAUAUUUCGGAUAAGUAUAAGUGAGACAGGAGUAUGACGGACGACAAAGCCGACGUCCUGAGUUUAACGGAUGAUGAGGAAAAUGAGUUAGAAGAUGAACUACCUAUAAAGCAAGGAGUGUUAAGUAAAUGGACAAACUAUAUCCACGGUUGGCAAGAUAGGUUUAUAGUGUUAAAAUCGGGUACUUUGAGUUAUUAUAAAUCGGAACAUGAAACGAAAUACGGAUGCAGAGGUGCUGUCAGUCUAGCCAAAGCUAUAAUAACGCCUCACGAAUACGAUGAAUGUCGAGUUGAUGUUUCUGUGAAUGAUUCUGUUUGGUACUUAAGAGCAGAGAAUAACUUGGUUAGAAAUGAAUGGAUUGAAGAUAUGGUUGCGCAUAAAAAGGAAAUUAACGACGCUGAUGGAAGCUUAAGAAGGCAUGGAUCAGUUUUAUCUUUAACUUCCGGUACCUCAAUGUCCAAUGCAUCUACAUCGUCGUUUAAGAGGGGAAGAGGAUUAAGAGAGAGAUUAUUAGAAAUUGAAACGUUUAGGGAUAUACUCUGUCGUCAAGUUGAAGGGUUGCAAAACUAUUUCGAUGCUUGCGCUUCGGCAGUUCAACACGGUGUAAUAGAAGACCUGGAAGAUAUUGGCGAUCCUGAUGAAAAUCCACAGAAUAAUGUUGUUAACGGCUAUUCUAGUGAAACAACGUCACCUUUUAUGCCAUUUUCCGUUUCUAAAAGCUCAAAAGAUAUAGCCAGCAUCCUUCGGCAGCAUGGAGCUCACGCUAUUGAUUUUAAGGGUGAAUCCAAUACUUUCAAGGCAACCACGGCCGGUAUUAUGUCUACUUUGUCUCAUUGUAUUGAAAUAAUGAAUCAAAGAGAAGAAGCGUGGAGGAAGAGAUUAGAUAAGGAAAUGGAAAAGAGAAAAAAAUAUCAAGAAGCCUAUAAGCAGGAAUUAUUGAGGGAACAGCAAGUUCCAAAGACCGGUCUCUUUUCUAGCCCAGAUUACGAGGAAGGUCCUCACUCUAAGUUGAAGGAGGAGGAGUUUUACGAUGCUGUGGAAGCUGCUCUAGACACAUUAGACAGAGACGAAGAGGUGAGAAAACAAAGGAUUGCCAUAGUUCCAAGCGAGGAAAAACCUCUCUGCUCUUUACCUGUAACUCACGAACUAUAUCCGGAAAUUAAGAGAGUUGUUGAUGAACAUAUUCGACAUGCUGAUCUCAAAGGAUCUGAAUUAACUUCCGAUUGGCAAUUAAUUGCCGAAGAGGGAGAAAUGAAAGUGUAUAAAAGAGAAUUAGAAGAGAACGGUGUGGUUGUUGACCCAAUUCGAGCAGUUCAUACUGUUUCGGGGGUUACAGGCCAUGAGAUGUGCCAUGUCUUUUGGGAUCCCUCCGUUCGAAUGGAAUGGGAAACAACAUUGGAAGAUUCUAAGGUUGUCGAAUGGUUAAGCAAAGAUACUCUAAUCUCAUUUCAACUUCAUAAACGAAUGUGGCCAUCAUCGCAACGUGAUUCAUUAUUUUGGACAACAAUACAACAUUAUCAUGAUACUGAAAACGACGAUGGGCCAGAAUAUUGGGUAGUAGUUAACAAAACAACUGAACACGUAGAAGAUCCAAAAAAUUCUAAAUGGAUAAGAAUACGCUUUAACGUAUCACUUAUCUGCGAAACUGUUGUAAAGCCACCAGUAGAUGGUAAACAAUUAACAAGGGAUAAUGUUUCUUGUAAAGUACAAUAUGCUGCUAAUAUAAAUCCAGGUGGUUGGGCUCCGGCAUCUGUUGUUCGGGCUUUGUCAAAGAGAGAAAUUCCGAAAUUUUUAAGGACAUUUACGAAAUACGUACAGGAAAAGACUAAGAACGAACCAAUUAUGCUUUGAAAAAGUAUAAAAAAAAGGAAUACUUUUGUAAAAAAAAAGGAAAAGAAACAAAAAUUGAAAACAAUUAUAUAAAUAUAUAAAUGUAUAUAUAUAUAUAUAUAUAUAUAUAUAUAUACUAUUUAUAUAGGUAUAUUUUUUCAAAAUAAUACUCCAAAAUAACUAUUUUUUGUGUGUCAAUGCAAUGCAUAAAACUUUGUAAAUUAAAAAGGAGAGAAAUAAGAGAAUAAAACAGAAAAAAAACAAAAAAAACACAAACUAACAAGAGGAUGGAUAAAUAGUCAUAUUCCUUGUUUAUAUUGUCAACGUUCAUUUACCCUAUUUUUUUGUACACUUGAACAAAAGAGUGUUUUUCUUUUUUUCGCGUUCAUUAUUUACUUUAUACCAAAAAUUUCUCAUAAGAAGAAGAGAUUACAUUUUGAUUGACUUUUCCGUUUUUCUUCAUCUCUCUCGCUUGCUAAGAGUUUCCAACGGAAAAAGGAAAUAAGAAUAUAGAAUGAAAUACAAGAAAGAGAGGAAAGAAACAGAAAUUAAAAUAAUGCGAGAAUUAGUAAUGUUUUGUUCAUUUUACUUGAACAACAAGCAAAUAUAGUUUUGCUAGUUGUUGUUUCAUUGUAACUGAAAAUAUGUUUUCCUUUAAAGAAUGAAAAAAUUGAAAUAAUUGUGCUUUUUCU